AUGAGGGUCAUGAACAGGGAAGAGGGUCAUGAACAGGGAAGAGGGCCAUUGGUUCUGGGGGGGACACAGGAGGGCAGCCAAGGGCACGAAGACAGGGUGAAUAAAGGGGUGGAUAAAAGGGUGGAUGAGGGGGAGGAUGAAGGGGUGGAUGAGGGGGAGGAUGAAGGGGUGGAUGAGGGGGAGGAUGAAGGGGUGGAUGAGGGGGAGGAUGAAGGGGUGGAUGAGGGGGAGGAUGAAGGGGUGGAUGAGGGGUGGAUAAAAGGGGUGGAUGAGGGGGAGGAUGAAGGGGUGGAUGAGGGGGAGGAUGAAGGGGUGGAUGAGGGGGAGGAUGAAGGGGUGGAUGAGGGGGAGGAUGAAGGGGUGGAUGAGGGGGAGGAUGAAGGGGUGGAUGAGGGGGAGGAUGAAGGGGUGGAUGAGGGGGAGGAUGAAGGGGUGGAUGAGGGGGAGGAUGAAGGGGUGGAUGAGGGGGAGGAUGAAGGGGUGGAUGAGGGGGAGGAUGAAGGGGUGGAUGAGGGGGAGGAUGAAGGGGUGGAUGAGGGGGAGGAUGAAGGGGUGGAUGAGGGGGAGGAUGAAGCGGUGGAUGAGGGGGAGGAUGAAGGGGUGGAUGAGGGGGAGGAUGAAGGGGUGGAUGAGGGGGAGGAUGAAGGGGUGGAUGAGGGGGAGGAUGAAGGGGUGGAUGAGGGGGAGGAUGAAGGGGUGGAUGAGGGGGAGGAUGAAGGGGUGGAUGAGGGGGAGGAUGAAGGGGUGGAUGAGGGGGAGGAUGAAGGGGUGGAUGAAGGGGAGGAUGAAGGGGUGGAUGAGGGGGAGGAUGAAGGGGUGGAUGAGGGGGAGGAUGAAGGGGUGGAUGAGGGGGAGGAUGAAGGGGUGGAUGAGGGGGAGGAUGAAGGGGUGGAUGAGGGGGAGGAUGAAGGGGUGGAUGAGGGGGAGGAUGAAGGGGUGGAUGAGGGGGAGGAUGAAGGGGUGGAUGAGGGGGAGGAUGAAGGGGUGGAUGAAGGGGUGGAUGAAGGGGUGGAUGAGGGGGAGGAUGAAGGGGUGGAUGAGGGGGAGGAUGAAGGGGUGGAUGAGGGGGAGGAUGAAGGGGUGGAUGAGGGGGAGGAUGAAGGGGUGGAUGAGGGGGAGGAUGAAGGGGUGGAUGAAGGGGAGGAUGAAGGGGUGGAUGAGGGGGAGGAUGAAGGGGAGGAUGAAGGGGUGGAUGAAGGGGGGGAGGAUGAAGGGGUGGAUGAGGGGGAGGAUGAAGGGGUGGAUGAGGGGGAGGAUGAAGGGGUGGAUGAGGGGGAGGAUGAAGGGGUGGAUGAGGGGGAGGAUGAAGGGGUGGAUGAGGGGGAGGAUGAAGGGGUGGAUGAGGGGGAGGAUGAAGGGGUGGAUGAGGGGGAGGAUGAAGGGGUGGAUGAGGGGGAGGAUGAAGGGGUGGAUGAGGGGGAGGAUGAAGGGGUGGAUGAGGGGGAGGAUGAAGGGGUGGAUGAGGGGGAGGAUGAAGGGGUGGAUGAGGGGGAGGAUGAAGGGGUGGAUGAGGGGGAGGAUGAAGGGGUGGAUGAGGGGGAGGAUGAAGGGGUGGAUGAGGGGGAGGAUGAAGGGGUGGAUGAGGGGGAGGAUGAAGGGGUGGAUGAGGGGGAGGAUGAAGGGGGGGAGGAUGAAGGGGUGGAUGAGGGGGAGGAUGAAGGGGUGGAUGAGGGGGAGGAUGAAGGGGUGGAUGAGGGGGAGGAUGAAGGGGUGGAUGAGGGGGAGGAUGAAGGGGUGGAUGAGGGGGAGGAUGAAGGGGUGGAUGAGGGGGAGGAUGAAGGGGUGGAUGAGGGGGAGGAUGAAGGGGUGGAUGAGGGGGAGGAUGAAGGGGUGGAUGAGGGGGAGGAUGAAGGGGUGGAUGAGGGGGAGGAUGAAGGGGUGGAUGAGGGGGAGGAUGAAGGGGUGGAUGAGGGGGAGGAUGAAGGGGUGGAUGAGGGGGAGGAUGAAGGGGUGGAUGAGGGGGAGGAUGAAGGGGUGGAUGAGGGGGAGGAUGAAGGGGUGGAUGAGGGGGAGGAUGAAGGGGUGGAUGAAGGGGAGGAUGAAGGGGUGGAUGAGGGGGAGGAUGAAGGGGUGGAUGAGGGGGAGGAUGAAGGGGUGGAUGAGGGGGAGGAUGAAGGGGUGGAUGAGGGGGAGGAUGAAGGGGUGGAUGAGGGGGAGGAUGAAGGGGUGGAUGAGGGGGAGGAUGAAGGGGUGGAUGAAGGGGAGGAUGAAGGGGUGGAUGAGGGGGAGGAUGAAGGGGAGGAUGAAGGGGUGGAUGAAGGGGUGGAUGAGGGGGAGGAUGAAGGGGUGGAUGAGGGGGAGGAUGAAGGGGUGGAUGAGGGGGAGGAUGAAGGGGGGGAGGAUGAAGGGGUGGAUGAGGGGGAGGAUGAAGGGGUGGAUGAGGGGGAGGAUGAAGGGGUGGAUGAGGGGGAGGAUGAAGGGGUGGAUGAGGGGGAGGAUGAAGGGGUGGAUGAGGGGGAGGAUGAAGGGGUGGAUGAGGGGGAGGAUGAAGGGGUGGAUGAGGGGGAGGAUGAAGGGGUGGAUGAGGGGGAGGAUGAAGGGGUGGAUGAGGGGGAGGAUGAAGGGGUGGAUGAGGGGGAGGAUGAAGGGGUGGAUGAGGGGGAGGAUGAAGGGGUGGAUGAAGGGGAGGAUGAAGGGGUGGAUGAGAGGGAGGAUGAAGGGGUGGAUGAGGGGGAGGAUGAAGGGGUGGAUGAGGGGGAGGAUGAAGGGGUGGAUGAGGGGGAGGAUGAAGGGGUGGAUGAGGGGGAGGAUGAAGGGGUGGAUGAGGGGGAGGAUGAAGGGGUGGAUGAGGGGGAGGAUGAAGGGGUGGAUGAGGGGGAGGAUGAAGGGGUGGAUGAGGGGGAGGAUGAAGGGGUGGAUGAGGGGGAGGAUGAAGGGGUGGAUGAGGGGGAGGAUGAAGGGGUGGAUGAGGGGGAGGAUGAAGGGGUGGAUGAGGGGGAGGAUGAAGGGGUGGAUGAGGGGGAGGAUGAAGGGGUGGAUGAGGGGGAGGAUGAAGGGGAGGAUGAGGGGGAGGAUGAAGGGGAGGAUGAGGGGGAGGAUGAAGGGGAGGAUGAGGGGGAGGAUGAAGGGGAGGAUGAGGGGGAGGAUGAAGGGGAGGAUGAGGGGGAGGAUGAAGGGGAGGAUGAGGGGGAGGAUGAGGGGGAGGAUGAAGGGGUGGAUGAGGGGGAGGAUGAAGGGGAGGAUGAGGGGGAGGAUGAGGGGGAGGAUGAGGGGGAGGAUGAAGGGGUGGAUGAGGGGGAGGAUGAGGGGGAGGAUGAAGGGGUGGAUGAGGGGGAGGAUGAAGGGGUGGAUGAGGGGGAGGAUGAAGGGGAGGAUGAGGGGGAGGAUGAAGGGGUGGAUGAGGGGGAGGAUGAAGGGGUGGAUGAGGGGGAGGAUGAAGGGGUGGAUGAGGGGGAGGAUGAAGGGGUGGAUGAGGGGGAGGAUGAAGGGGUGGAUGAGGGGGAGGAUGAAAGGGUGGAUGAGGGGGAGGAUGAAGGGGUGGAUGAAGGGGAGGAUGAAGGGGUGGAUGAGGGGGAGGAUGAAGGGGAGGAUGAAGGGGUGGAUGAAGGGGUGGAUGAGGGGGAGGAUGAAGGGGUGGAUGAGGGGGAGGAUGAAGGGGUGGAUGAGGGGGAGGAUGAAGGGGUGGAUGAGGGGGAGGAUGAAGGGGUGGAUGAGGGGGAGGAUGAAGGGGUGGAUGAGGGGGAGGAUGAAGGGGUGGAUGAGGGGGAGGAUGAAGGGGUGGAUGAGGGGGAGGAUGAAGGGGUGGAUGAGGGGGAGGAUGAAGGGGUGGAUGAGGGGGAGGAUGAAGGGGUGGAUGAGGGGGAGGAUGAAGGGGUGGAUGAGGGGGAGGAUGAAGGGGUGGAUGAGGGGGAGGAUGAAGGGGUGGAUGAGGGGGAGGAUGAAGGGGUGGAUGAGGGGGAGGAUGAAGGGGUGGAUGAGGGGGAGGAUGAAGGGGUGGAUGAGGGGGAGGAUGAAGGGGUGGAUGAGGGGGAGGAUGAAGGGGUGGAUGAGGGGGAGGAUGAAGGGGUGGAUGAGGGGGAGGAUGAAGGGGUGGAUGAGGGGGAGGAUGAAGGGGUGGAUGAGGGGGAGGAUGAAGGGGAGGAUGAGGGGGAGGAUGAAGGGGAGGAUGAGGGGGAGGAUGAAGGGGAGGAUGAGGGGGAGGAUGAAGGGGAGGAUGAGGGGGAGGAUGAAGGGGAGGAUGAGGGGGAGGAUGAAGGGGAGGAUGAGGGGGAGGAUGAGGGGGAGGAUGAAGGGGUGGAUGAGGGGGAGGAUGAAGGGGAGGAUGAGGGGGAGGAUGAGGGGGAGGAUGAGGGGGAGGAUGAAGGGGUGGAUGAGGGGGAGGAUGAGGGGGAGGAUGAAGGGGUGGAUGAGGGGGAGGAUGAAGGGGUGGAUGAGGGGGAGGAUGAAGGGGAGGAUGAGGGGGAGGAUGAAGGGGUGGAUGAGGGGGAGGAUGAAGGGGUACUCGGGCGCUAG